GGACGAGGAAUUAAAUUUUGUUGAAGACUUGCGUGUAUUAUAUGUACAUAUUUAUGUAUAAAUACAAGUAUAAAGAAAAAUAUAAGGCUGUGUUCACCAUGGGUCAAACCGUGGCUUUUUUAUAUUCGUUAGGAUACACUUAAAUAAUUCAAUGUAUUGAAUAAGUACACCAGUAAUUUCAAGUAGUAUGCGAUAUUUAUGUUGUAGGACAUUUUUUGCGUUUGUUUACUUUUGCUUUAUAACCUUCCAAAGUGGCUUAAAAUGAAAGUGGAAUUUCUAUGUACACCAAGUAUACUUUUAAUUUUUGCGAUAAGCGUACUUGUAUUAAACACUUUUAUCUAUAAAUGAAAUAAUGGAAUCUAAAUACCAAAAUAAUAUAUUAAAUAAAAAUUCAAACGAAAUUUCACCGUUAAAACUAUUACACAACAUUAAAGAUUAUUCUGAAAAAGAAAGUGUUACUUGUUCUUCUAAACCAUGUGUUUCAACCACAUCGGAUUGUAUAUCACCAUCAAAAAAUAGAAAUAAUUUCACAUCAAUAAACCAGGUAACUAAAUUGUUUACAAAAUUGCAAAUACAAAGUAACAUAAAGUAUAACGAAGAAAAAGAUGAACAUCUUGCUGGAAAUAUAAUUAAUAUAAUUCAAACGCUUAACAUAGUAUUAGUAAAACCAAUUUCUCCUGACUAUCUUUUGUACUUUGGCACACCACUGUUUUUGAAUUGCACAAAUCCUGAAAUUUGUGGAACAAAAUAUAAAUUAUUGGGCUAUAUAGAUGAUAUAUUUGGAUCUAUCGGAGAUCCUAUGUACUCUAUAACUAUGAUGUGCAAUCCAAAAGACAUAAUGAACAUUAAUACUCGAGUAUACUAUUUUCCAAAUAAUCCGAGUACUGAAGAAGAGACCUACAUUGUAUGUAGAACAUACAAGGGACGAGAUUUCCAAUAAAAGAAAGUAUAGCAUUACAACAAAGUAUUAACAAUAAGUGUUUAAUAUUUCAUUAAUAACAGAAAAUAAAUUAUUCUUCUGCAUAAAAUUA